AUGGAGCGCGAAUCGAAUCCGAUGGAAACGUUGUGCCGCUCAGGGUGUGGAUUUUAUGGAAAUCCCUCAACAGACGGACUCUGCUCAGUAUGCUUUAAGGAAGCUUUAAAGAAGAAGCAGCAGCCACCAGCGUCGUCCCCGUCGCCCGUGUCAGCGCCCUUCGUAGCGGCGCCGUCGACGCCGCUGGCAGCCGCCGCUCCCACCGUGCCCAGUCUGCCCGCCCAGCCACAGACGCAUACAGACAAAUUGGAAGAGGAGAGUGGAGCAGGCACAAGCGGGGCGAGCACUGGCACCUCGGACACCGAUGCCGACGACAAGGAUCCUAGCAAGGACAAAAAGAAAAAGAAUAGAUGCGCCGUUUGCCGCAAGAAGGUUGGCCUCACAGGGUUCGAGUGCCGCUGCGGAGGGCUGUUCUGCGCCGUGCACCGGUACAGCGACAAGCACGAGUGCUCGUUCGACUACCGAGAGCUGGGUGCGCAAGAGAUCCGCCGCAACAACCCCGUGGUGGUGUCGCAGAAGAUACACAAGAUAUGA